GCUCAGUCCCCAAGGAUGUUGGCCCAAUAUUCGUUCAGUCCUCAAUUCAUGCUACUAUCCAACAUUACUCAGUUUAGCCCCAUGUUCUAUCUCACCAGCUUUCCUGGAUUGGAAGCCAUCAAACACUGGAUUUUCAUACCCUUUUUCUUUAUGUACAUGGUGGCCAUCUCAGGCAACUGUUUCAUUCUGAUCAUUAUUAAGACCAACCCUCGUCUGCACACACCCAUGUACUACCUACUAUCCUUGCUGGCCCUCACCGACCUGGGGCUGUCUGUGUCCACCUUGCCCACCACUAUGGGGAUCUUCUGGUUUAACUCCCAUAGUAUCUACUUUGGAGCGUGCCAAAUCCAGAUGUUCUGCAUCCAUUCAUUUUCCUUCAUGGAGUCCUCAGUGCUCCUCAUUAUGUCCUUUGACCGCUUUGUGGCUAUCUGCCACCCUCUGAGGUAUUCAGUCAUUGUCACUGGCCAACGAAUGGUCAGGGCAGGCCUAAUUGUCAUCUUCCGGGGACCUGUGGCCACUAUCCCUAUUGUGCUCCUCCUGAAGGCUUUUCCCUAUUGUGGAUCUGUGGUUCUCUUCCACUCAUUUUGCCUGCACCAGGAAGUGAUACAGCUGGCCUGCACAGAUACCACCUUCAAUAAUCUGUAUGGACUGAUGGUGGUAGUUUUCACUGUGAUGCUAGACCUGGUGCUCAUCGCACUGUCCUAUGGGUUCAUCCUGCACACGGUAGCAGCCCUGGCCUCUCCAGAGGAGCAGUGCCGUGCCUUUCAGACAUGCACUGCUCAUCUCUGUGCUGUGCUAGUAUUCUUUGUGCCCAUGGUGGGGCUGUCCCUGGUUCACCGUUUUGGGAAGCAUGCCCCACCUGCUAUUCAUCUUCUUAUGGCUAAUGUCUACCUUUUUGUGCCGCCCAUGCUUAACCCUAUCAUAUACAGUAUUAAGACCAAGGAGAUUCGCCGUGCCAUUAUCAAGCUCCUAGGUCUUAAAAAGGUCAGUUCUGAGUUCUGGGGCUAAAACUGCCCCUAGGUGCCUGUAAGAAGGCCUCAAACCGGACUGAAAAUUGGGAGUAUUGGGUAAG